AGGAACUUAGCUGUUCCUCUCUGUCAAACAUAUGAUGUCUGAAAUGGAUAAAAUUUCGUACACAGCACCACUCUGCAACUUACCAUAAAUUGUUGCCAAACCUUACUACUUCAAAUUCCAACCUCUUUCAUUCAACUCAUUCGCAUUCUCAAACUUCGUUACUUUCUGCUUCGUAUACUUUCUGCUGUUUCUGCUAUCUGAUCAAGUUAUCACUCCUCUUUAACCUCUGUGUGUCAACAUGACUGUGACGGCGGCGCCAACGGUGAAGGACGGGUGUCUUACGGUGAGGGGAAAGACCGUUUUGUCCCAUGUCCCCGGAAACGUUGUUGUUUCUCCGGUUGGAACAGAGUCCGCGUUCUUGGGUGCAACUUUAACCGUUUCAAGUUCUCGUCAUGUUUUUGAUCUUGGAAUUCUUCAGGGACAUAAGUUGCUAUCUUUGUUCAGAGUAAAAAUCUGGUGGAUGAUACCGCGUCUAGGGAGAUCUGCCAGUGAUGUUCCAAUGGAAACUCAAUUGCUGCUCCUGCUAGCAAAUGAAGAAUCUGCACUUGAGGAUGAGCCUUCUUCUGACUGUGAAGAGCCAGCUACGGAUAAAAAUUGCUACAUUCUCUUCUUGCCUGUUUUGGAUGGACAGUUUCGCGCAACUUUACAAGGAACUCAAUCGAAUCAGCUCCAGAGUCAGUUGUGA